UGUCGAAGAUAAGGACGUGCAUUUGUAGAUUCACGAUUGUGUUUAUGUACGACCACACGAAUAGAUAUUGCCGCAAACAGAUAACAAUGCUCUAUGCAGCCGUCACGUCGAUUGUUUUCGUCCAGAUAUUUCGGAUUGCGUAUGGAGAAAGCUCUGAAGAUCCGUGUCUAGCCGGAAACCACGAUAACAUUACGUCCAUGGGUUUCCGGAACGUGACCAAUAAGGACUGUUCCCAGAACAGGGUCACUGAUUACCGGCUCGUCCGCGCCUGGUAUUACGCGGGACCGGAUCCCAUUCUUACCUCACCACCUGAUCAGCUGUGCAGAUGUGGAGCCAACUUCCCUAUAUGGAUGAAUGGUUCUUUGCCUCAUCCACAAGAUGGAAUCGUCUCACGUGACACGUGUCUCAAGUACUCGACUAAUUGUGACACGCGCUUCGGUAUCCAGGUGAAGAAUUGCGGAACAUUCUACGUGUACAAAUUGCCCCCAACCCGCGAGGACCACACGGCCUAUUGCUUUGGAAGCGUCCCAAAUGCGAUUUCAACGAUUGCACCUGAUUGCGGCGACCCAAACGACAAAAUAAACCUAGAUUCGGAUGUUGUCCUUGGCGAAUUCAGAUCAAUAGAAUACAACUCCACUGGUGUCGAUUCCCACGCAACCGUGAAUUGUCUCAAAGGUCAUGGAAUUGUUGAUGGUACUGCUACAUACGAGUCCUUCACACUGACUUGUACAUCCGGUCUCAAGUGGAAUUCAACACGGACGUGCAAGAGUUUACAAGGGUGUGGCGACCCGAACAUCAAGAACAACCUAGAUUCGGAUGUUGUCCUUGGCGAAUUCAGAUCAAUAGAAUACAACUCCACUGGUGUCGAUUUCCAUGCAACGGUCAAUUGUCUCAAAGGUCAUGGUAUUGUUGAUGGUACUGCUACAUACGAGUCCUUCACACUGACUUGUACAUCCGGUCUCAAGUGGAAUUCAACCCGGACGUGCAAGAGUUUACAAGAAUGCGGGAACCCAAAUGACUCCAAAAACCUCGAUGCGAGCGUGAAGCUUGGACAUUUUCAUAACAUCACCUUCACAACUACUUCCGUAGAUUCUCACGCUACCGUGUACUGCAGCAAAGGGAACGGUGUUCAAGACAACGGUAUUAAACAGAAUUGGUUCCAACUCACGUGCAAAGAUAACAAAUGGCAUUCAACUCGCACCUGCAGCCCUCAAACAGCGGCUUUGAUAGGAUAAAACUGGACCACCACGCAUUUCCAUUGGGGAAUCCAUGUACUCGUACAACGCAUACCUUGAAUAAACCUAAAAUAAUUAUAGUAAUAAAUUGACUAAUUUUGA